GAGAUUUGGGAGGGGGUGGAGCACAUGAUAUAAAGGCAGCGUUGGAAGGAUGACAGUCAUGAGUCAUUUCAUUGGCUGUCUGAUCCACAUUCUGAAAAAUGGAAAACGCGAAUCCACAGCGACAUGAAGAGGUUACCAUCCACGAGAGAAUAAAUUCACGUGAAAUAAAGGAGCGCUUCAUCAAAGGGAAGCAUUGUAGUUUAGAGGAACUGAGAGUGCAAAUGCCCAGGCAGAGGCCUGUGGAUUACAUGCUUAAGUACUUAAUGAAGUACAUCCCACCCUAUCCAACUCCAGCUGAAUUUUGGGUUUCAGAUGUAGCCCAUGUUACUGAGGAGUACGGCUUCAUGGGGAUACUGAAGUCUGAGCAGUUCAGACCUCCUGUAAGUGAUUUCUCAUGGUGGGACAUAAAAAUUAACAAAGAGGAGAUAAGAGCAGCAGAGAUGCGCUACGUGGAGAAAAAUUUCUCAAUCCAAGCAGAAGAGCUGAAAAAGCCAGAGGCGUUUAUGGAGACAUUCACCACAUCACCCCUGUUCCAACCAGAGAAAUCCCGCUACGGCAAUUAUCGCUUCACAUUUCCGCUCACUGAUCUGAUGCAAUGGUACAAGAAACAGAACUGCGGAGGAGAAGAGCCGGUUCUCAGAGUGUACGAGACCAUCACCUACAGACAGGAGAUUGUGUACACGGUGCUGAUUCACAGUCCUGAGGAUAACAAGCUUUUUGAAGAAUACCCGCUUCUUGAAGCGAGUGAGUGGGUUCGUUACAAGGAUGGGAGGAUUAUCUGGAACGCACAAGCCAUUAGUGAAACCCACUGGUAUCAGUUUGUUUCAGGAGAAGUGCAAAGGCUAAAUACUUAUCAGUUUUAUGUCUGGGAUCAGGUUAGCUUAGUCUUUCACUUGCCUAAUUGUAAGAAAAUAGAAAUCGACAGAAAACGGCUUAUAAACGCCCUCGAGGCCUGUAAACUUGACAACAUAGAUCUCUCAGGAUACCGAGGUCCUAAAGACCAAGAGGAACGCUUCUCUGAAGCAAAGAUGAAAGUGAGUGAAUUGAAACGAGAGCUGGAAGAGGAAGAGAAAGAAAAAGAGAUCAAAGAUGAUGAUAAAAUAAAAAUGGAGGUAGAUCCAUAAUUGUGAACGAUUCAAAGUAGGAGUUAGACAGUAAAGAGGAUGAAGAUCAGUCAAAAAGUAUGAAACAUAUUCAUGGGUAGAAAGUACAAAAUACCUCUCAUACUGUAUAUUUAACCAUACUGUCAUAUUUCGCCACAUAGGAUUUAAUAUUCAUAUCUAUUUUUUCUAUCAAUUCUGAAAUAAUCCCAACAAUGUAAUGUUUUGUAAUCGUUUUAGUGUAAAAAAUAUGAAAUAUGAGAUGUGUAAUGAUCAUUUUCUGGAUUUAUUGUGAGUGCACAAAUGAUAAUAUGUAUGUAACAGGAGAUGAAUAAAAAAUUAUCUGUGAUUUAAUUUUC